AUGUAUAAUAAUAUUCACAAUUUUAUACCGUGGAUGGUGAUGACGAAGUUAGUUCUAAGUUUACACGUAGUCGAAUUCAAAGAUGAUCAUUUUCCUCGGAGGGCUGACUUGAGAACUGCUAAUGAUUAUGAUCCACGCGGUGAUGAAAUCACUGAUGAUGAUGAGCAUCACGAAAUAGUCACCAUGUUGGAGGAAAGAUAUAAAUUUGUUAACGACAACACAUCAACUAGAUUUAAAAUUGCAAAUGAUGAAAGGCAUCCAGUGUUCCCUAAGUCUAGAACCGAAAGGAAACUGGCGUGGGCGUUCAGGGCGUAUGCUGUGAGAAGAAUCGUUGGUGGUAUGGAGACCAGCAUCAGCAUGUAUCCAUACAACGUGGCCAUCUCUAGAAACGGAAAGCAUUGGUGCGGGGGAAGCAUCAUUGAUGAACAAUGGGUGCUGACGGCCGGCCACUGCUUUGAAUCGGCUCAUGAUGGAGACAAGAAGAAACUGCUGCCGUUUAUUGUGAGAGCUGGUAGUUCUUUUCACAACCGAGGAGGUUAUCAAGCCAGAGUUAAUAGGGUUUUUUUCCCCAAAAAGUAUGCCCCGGGGAAUGCAGACUUUGAUUUUUCCCUUCUCCGUCUGGAUAGGCCUAUGCCUAUCGGUAGGAAUAUAGCUGUAUUGAACCUACCUGCCAAAGAAUACCUCGUACAAACAGACGACCUGUUGAUUGUAACUGGAUGGGGCAGCACACACGAAUCGGGGUUCGACCACAUCCCAGAACGCCUACGUUUUGUGCCAGUGCCGGUGAUGCGUCUCGAGCAGUGCCAGACGGCAUAUCGUUUCUACAUCACGCCGAGAAUGAUGUGUGCCGGUUAUGCCACUGGGGGAAAGGAUGCCUGUAAUCACGACUCCGGCGGGCCAGCAGUGAGAGACGGAGUGUUAAUCGGCAUUGUGUCCUUCGGCGGGAAGAAGUGUGGCGACGCUCGAUCUCCAGGUGUAUACAGCAGGGUGACUGAAAUCACGGACUGGGUUGAAGCCACUAUCACUGACAACGAGGCUUUCGAAGUACCUGAACUGAAGGCGAAAAUAGAAAAGGCACGGCUUAGAGAGAAGGAAUUGCAGAAGUUCAAGGCGAGAGUGGAAGAAAAGAAGAAUAAAAUAAAAGAUUGGCUCCGUGAGACGCUGAAAUCACCUACGUUCCUUAAAUUGGCUAAAAAGAAACUCAUAGAUGCUGGAGUUAUCGCUGGAAAUACUAUGAGAAGAUCUCAUCAACCGGUGUACAUAGAUGAUAAUACGUUGGAUGAAAUAAACCUGUCUCAUCUCAUAAAUGAAAGAAUAUUGGAAGAUACUGAGAGGAAUGAGCCAGAGGUACUGCUCCGGUCGCUGGCGAUGCAGGAGGUGAUGAACGAAAGCAACGAGCUGCGAAGAACAGAUGAUGAUGAUGAUGUGGAAGAAAUUGUCGCGUAUUUGACUAAAUAA